AUGUGGUAUAAAACCUGCAUAAAUGCACGCAUUAUACUUAUAAUAAUAGGAUUUCUUUGGUGGGAUAGAGUGGUUGUUUCUUCUGUAAAUACAAUGGCCUCUUCUAUUGCAAGUAAUAGUGGUAUAAAGGAAAGAUUAACUCAUGAAAGAAUUUCAAAAGAACUUCAGAUAUUAUUUCAGAAAAGAGAAGAACUAUUCUGCAAUAUAUCCGUAUGGAACUAUAUGAUAAUUUUUCCUUUUCGCAUUACAACCAUGUGUUUAUGUGAGCUAAAAACGAAGUUGAAUAUAUGUCUGCAUAAAUAUAUGCUAGACCUUGCCUUUUAUUCUCAGAAUAAUGAGUAUGAUGCAGAAAUAAGGUUUUAUAUGAUUGAGAGUCAGAUGAUUAUAUAUAUUAAAUCAAACAAGCCAGAGGUAUACGGCAAAAAUCAAUUGGUAGAUUUAUAUGAAGAAUGUGUUUUAAGUGAUUAUACAAACGGGCAUAAUCUGCAAAAUAAUAAACAAAAAUUGAAUUUAAAGGAAGACUCUAGAGGGAUAUAUCGGGUAUUAAACCUAGGAGACCAAUGUGCUUUAUUUAAAAAAAUACAAGAACUAUAUAAAAACAAUACUAUACAGAGGCAAAUAGAAAAAUUAACUCUCCCAAGAAUUUCAUUUAAGGAUACUGUAGUCAAAGCAGCACUAGAGCUAAUUCUAAGCGAUCCAGUUAUUUAUAAUGAUUUUUCGCAUAUGGAAAAGGAGUUUAUCCCUAUGUACACGGAAAACGCACAAUUUUAUAAUCAGCUAUUGAAUACGUAUAAUUUAAGCAUGCUUGUGUCUAUUUACAACAUAAUCAGAGAAAACAAUGAAAUACAAUAUUAUAAAACAAAGAACUUAAAUAACAUAACAAGUAUUUGUACGGAAAAAAUAAUAAAUAGCUACCAUAACAUAUCAAAUAUACUCAAUUGUGGGUUUAAAGUACACAAAAACAUAUCUGUCUCUCAGCAGAAUAAACCUGACUCAUCCUAUAAUGUUAAUGAUGCAAUGCAGUAUGUGCACUCUACAAUAUAUGGAGCAUUGGCCACUCUAUAUCAGAAUGCUCCAAACUAUAAUAGCAACAACACAGAAUUACUUGGAAAGGAGGUAUUUAAAUUAUGGGAGUAUAUGCUUUUUGAAAUUUAUAUACAAGAAUCUAAUUGGCCAAGCCAUGACUCAGAGAAGGAUGAAUUAAAACUAUAUAGUUACACCAACAGUAUAAUAUACGAACACAACUCUCUUCUAGAAGCAGAAACUAUAGAACAUUUUCAUGUAUAUUAUGUAGACAAUUCUCGGCACAGAUGCCAUAGAGUGUGCAUUCCAUACUACUUCAACAGUAAAGGAGAUAAAGUCUGCAUGCACACUGUUCAUGAUAUUAACUUCCAUCUAUUGAACCUUUUUAAGAUAGAUUUAAUAGCUGGGAGUAUAUUUCCAUAUUAUACCAUAGGGAAUAGCGGCAUAUGGAAUUACAUGAAUGAAGUAAUGCAGAAGUCCACUUAUGUAAAAUCAAAUGCGGAAAUGCAUAUUCUAUUUUACUAUAUAGAGUUUGAAUUCUUAACAGAUGGCAUUUCAUUUGUUCACAUUGACUAUUUAAACGAUGAGCCAUUAAAGGAAGUAAUUCCAAUUCCUUUAUUUUUAAAUUCCCUAAUAAGAGACAGUCUAAAAACAAGCCCCUUUUUAUGGACAAGCCCUUUAAACAUAGUGCAAACAAUGUAUUUUAGCAACAAAAUCCCAGAUAAGCACACGGUUAUCCCGCCAAUUAAGAGAUCUGACUACAUUAUACACGACUGUUAUAAAAAUCUGUUUAUGGUCUUAGAUGAUGGGCUGAGCGUUGGUGUUAACUGCUAUACUAUGUCUUCUAGUUACACAACAGUGUAUAAAAAAGGAGUAAAAUAUAGUGUAAUAAAAUGGAAAAACCAGAUUCCAACCGGAGAUUACUUCCACCAUCAUUAUAUAUACCGAUCAGAUGAACAUGAAACAAAUAGUCCUCAGGGCCUACUAAAUACAAUGGGAUUUAUAAGCAAUAACUUCGAUAAACCCAAAAAUACAAUUAGAUUCUGUAAAGUUGGACAGGAUGCAUACAGCAUUUGGUAUACAAAGGAAAAUAAGUUGAACAAUAGAGAAAAAAAUAUUCCAAGCUAUGCUAUAGCGAAAUUAAAUGGAUCAGUUUGGGAAUAUGCUAGGUCUUUUUCUUCAUCUAAAAUAGACAGCAGCGAAGAUAAAUUAGACUCUGAGCCAGGGUGUGUUUCCUAUUUAGGUGUCCACUAUGCGAUUUUUAAUUUUCUUAAAUGA